ACCAGAGCACCGAGGGCAGCCGGACACCGGGAGUGCCACCAUGGCUCAGUCCAAGGGCACAGUGGUCCUUGCCUACAGCGGGGGGCUCGACACCUCCUGCAUCCUGGUGUGGCUGAAGGAGCAGGGCUAUGACGUUGUCGCCUACCUGGCCAACAUUGGGCAGAAGGAAGAUUUUGAGGUAGCACGAAAGAAAGCUCUGGCACUGGGGGCCAAGAAGGUUUACAUCGAGGACGUGAGCAGGGAGUUCGUGGAGAAGUUCAUCUGGCCGGCAGUGCAGGCCAACGCCCUCUACGAGGAUCGGUACCUGCUGGGCACGGCCCUGGCCCGGCCCUGCAUCGCCCACAAGCUCGUGGAGAUCGCCCAGCGCGAGGGCGCCCAGCACGUCGCCCACGGGGCCACGGGCAAGGGCAAUGACCAGGUUCGGUUCGAGCUCAGCUGCUAUGCCCUGUGUCCCAAGAUCAAGGUCGUUGCACCAUGGAGGCUGCCCGAGUUUUACCAGCGCUUCCCUGGACGCCGUGAGCUGAUGGAUUAUGCCAAGAAACAUGGGAUCCCAGUGCCUGUGACACCUCAGACGCCCUGGAGCAUGGAUGAGAACCUAAUGCACAUCAGCUACGAAGCCGGGAUCCUGGAGAACCCCAAGAACCAGGCUCCUCCCGGGCUCUACACCAAAACCUGUGAUCCGGCCAAAUCUCCUGACACCCCAGACGUGCUGGAGAUCAAGUUUGAGCGGGGUGUCCCGGUGAAGGUCACCAACAUUGGGGAUGGAGCCACUCGUUCCUCGGCCCUGGAGCUCUUUGUGUACCUGAACGACAUCGCGGGCAAGCAUGGGGUCGGGCGCAUUGACAUCGUGGAGAACCGCUUCGUUGGCAUGAAGUCCAGAGGUAUCUAUGAGACCCCAGCAGGAACGAUCCUACACCACGUGCAUUUAGAUAUCGAGGCCUUCACCAUGGACCGGGAAGUGCGGAAAAUCAAGCAGGGGCUCUCCCUGAAAUUCUCAGAGCUGGUGUACAACGGCUUCUGGCACAGCCCCGAGUGUGAGUUUGUGCGGGAGUGCAUCGGGCGCUCGCAGGAGCCGGUGCUGGGCACUGUGCGCCUCUCUGUCUUCAAGGGCCAGGUCUACAUCCUGGGCAGGGAGUCCCCACGGUCACUCUACAACGAGGAGCUGGUCAGCAUGAACGUGCAAGGGGACUAUGAGCCCGCCGACGCCACCGGCUUCAUCAACAUCAACUCGCUCAGGCUGAAGGAAUAUCAUCGUCUCCAGAGCAAGGUCACCGUAAAGCAGGAUGAAUAGCCAUCAAUCGCACGCGAGCCUCCCGCUCCCCUUUCUAAUUUCUCUAAGAAGUAGCACUAAUUGUAGUGGCAAUUUGUAAUUGUAACUCGUCUCCCUGGAGCGGAGUGGCGGCGGAGGUGACGGCUUUGUUACGGGGCUGCAAGUGAAAUGCAGUCGGGGGGGGGAGAAA